AUGGCUAACAACGUGAUCGCUACCAAAGAGGUUACUAGGCGUACUUUCACCUGCAGUUUCUUCCGUGAGGAUAUAACGCCUCUGAUUCGUUUGAGCACUUCAGUUACUGGGCAAAACUUGGAUGAGUUCAGGAAGACAUAUGGUCAUAUCUUACACAUGUUAACUUCUCGGGUUGAUGAAUGGGCUCUAUACACACUUCUUCAGUUCUACGAUCCUGAAUUACGAUGUUUCACCUUUCCUGAUUACCAACUGGCGCCAACCCUUGAAGAAUAUGCUGACAUCCUCAAGAUUAAGGUUCAACACAGGAUUCCUUUUGUAUGUGUACCUGAGAAACCGAAAAUGGACCGAAUUGCUGCUGAUGCCCUGGUUAUUGAGAAGAAAUGGAAAGAAUUCAAUGCUCUCUUAGCUGUUAUAAUCUAUGGUUUGGUGUUGUUCCCGAAUAUCCCGAAUUUCGUCGAUCUCACUGCCAUUUGCCUCUUUAUGGAUCAAAACCCUGUGCCUACUCUCUUGGCAGAUACUUAUUAUGCUGUUCAUUCCAGGUAUGGGACGAAGGGAGCCGUUGGAGGCUGUUUACCGUUGUUACACGAGUGGUUCAUUUCACACUUGCCUAAAAGUGGACCGUUUGUCACAACAAGAGACUCACAGAAAUGGCCUCAAAGGAUUAUGGGGCUUACGGCGAAUGACAUCGUUUGGUAUCACCUUGGGAAAGGGAUAGAGGAAGUUAUUACUAGAUGUGGGGCUGAUCCAGAGGGUCUAGAAAAAGUGAGGAGCGCCUGGAAUAGUAUUCAUACAGAUAACCGAACUUCCUUAGGAGGGAAGAAUGCCGUUGCUAAACAAGCUUACACUGAUUGGGUGAAAGAUAGAGUCAAGGAGCGCCUAUUGCCUUUCCCGAAGGUUAAACCAUUGUAUGAACAACCACCUGAAGUUUUAACUGCCACCGUGCCAGCUGAAGACUAUACCCAAGUACAGGUGGCAAACAUCCGGUUGCGUGAGAAGAGGCAAGAUGCUGAGAUAGAGUACUUCUUGGUGAAUCAGAAAAGGGCUGAAUUAGCACAUGAGAUCAUAAAAAAGGCCAUAAAAGAGGCAGAAGAGAAACUCAAGCAAGAGUACAGAGAAGACUUGAAGGCUUGCAAGCUCCAGUUAGAAAAAGAGACUAAAUAUCAGCUGAGGACUAUGAAAAAGAAACUGGAAGAUGAGACUACUCAGAGAAUAGCAGUCGAGACACAGCUGAAAGGAAGUCACCUCCGCUCCGCACGACUAACAGAAGAGAAUGUCAAGCUCAGAAAUCAAAUGGCAAAUAUGGAGAAUGCACCUGAGAAAGAUUAUCUCCCAGAAUAUUUCUUUUCCGACGACGAAGCUGACUUUCCUACAUCCCUACCGCACCAGGAGUAA